GGUGUACUCUAACGUGAUCUCUGGAUGUAUGCCCAGUUUCUCUUGUCUUGAGCUUGGUGAUUUCUGUUUAUCGGUGCCUCUGUAUUUCCACUAUCUUGUUGGCUAUUACUUGCCCCUUUAUCACUUUAAAGUCAGCCUUGUUAAAGUUAUUUCUCUUCACAUUUGGUACUCUAUUACGAUAUUUGGGGCGGUGAUUCUUGUAAAAUUCAUAUAAAACCUUUAUAGGCUACCAACUAUUUGACUUGGGGGUCUUUAUUCCAGUUAGGUAUUCUGGAUGGAAUAGAUCUCAUCAUCUUCUAAAUCUUUGAUUUUCAGAAAGAUAAUUUGUGUUAAGGACUCGUGUUGAAAUAUAGGUUACACUGAAUUACAAAAUUACAGGUACAGUGAAACUUUAAGCAUCUCUUUAAGCAUAAUCCCUUAACCUUCUCCCAGUUUAGAGAUUUUCUUCCCUCUAGUCCCUUUCAGGAAGCCUCAUUUGUUUUUAUCUUCAGAAGCCUCAUUCACUUUUACCUGAUUCCAGUUAAUUAUCCUGAUCACAAAGAUGGUCUUGAUGUCACCCAUUUGAUGAGUUAAAUCUAGAGGGAGUGGAUGGGUACAGGUUCUGCUACUUCAGGCUUAGGUGAUGUAACUCUUGACUACUGCUUUUGAAGUCCUUCCUUUCCUUCCCCUGGAUUCCCUUGCUUUGUACCGAUUGCAUUAGCUUUAUUGUCUUGCCGUAAGUAUCUGUUUAUGGAUCUGGCUUCCCCCAUUAGAUAGUGAAUUCCUCGGUGGCAGGGACUGCUUUAUAUCCUCAGCACCUGGCACAUAGUUGGCAUACUGUUAAUGUUUGUUACAUGAAAGAAGUUGAAUAUUAUCUUACCUUUAAGAUGUUAGAGUCUAAUUGGGAGAGAUAACAUUUGAAAGUAUGAAAAACAAAAGCAAAUACAUGAUGGUAUAGUAGGAACUGGGCCAUAUACAUAAUUAUUUUCCAGCACUCAGGGUAGGGUGAUUCAUAGGAUCAUUUCCACACCCUUCUCAUGUCAUAAAUUGUCCUAACCACAUCUUGGUCCUGUAUAAAGCUAAUUACACAAUGCUUCUCCUCAAUAUGUAUUUUCCUCAAUAUGUAACUUCAUCAUAGCCUCAAAUAUUCUCUUUCAAAAUCAUCUCUUUGCAUGUAUGUUAGCUUAUAAAUGUUUUACCAUACUUGUUAUAUUCUGUUAAAAUCAGGACUCUGCCAUCUUUUUUUUAGAGUUUCUAUAAGCUAACCUGACUUCAACUGAACACCUGUAACAGCUUGUGUUCUUUCAGUAAGUUAAAUGACAAUUGAGUACUAGAAAACGAAUUAUUAGAAUAAUUUUCUUAAAAGGAAAGAAAAUUCUUAUGCUUGCAAAAUACAUUUGUGGUACGGGACAUGAAAAGUCAAAAUUGUAGACUAAAAAUUAUGAAUCUUUUAGAUUUGGAUUCAUUUAUUCUUCAUUUCUCAGACACUGACAAGAUUAUAAAAUAUUUUCAUUGUUGGCACCAAAGGUUCCAGAUCCAGCAUUUCAUAGAGAACCUUCCCUUCUCCCAGUGUAAUUGCAAAUUGACAACAAGAAAAUAUCAUAAGCACACUGAAGAAGCUAGAUAUAUUUCUAUUAAAAUGUAUGUGUGGGGUUUUAAUCAUUUAAAAAUAUAAAUCAGUAUGGAUUCCCCAGGGUUGGUUAGGGAUUACUUUCAUCUUGUCAGUGUAUAUGAAGCUGUGUGAUAUUUGUUGAAAGCACACUUGCCCAGGAGUCAGGAUACCUGGGUUUAUGUCCUCACUUUGCUCCAUCUGUGUGAUUUCAGGCAAGUCAUUUAACCACUCUGGACAUAAUCUCUAAAAUUCUGUGAAUUUUUAGCUUGCUUCCCUCUUCACUUUCAUCUCAGCAAAAUGCAGGCUUUCACGGUGGCAUCCUUAUUAAAAAAAGGCCAGAGAUGACAAUUACGAAGUGACCUGUAAGAGUGAAAUGUGAAAAAGCCACUGUUAAUUUAUUUGUGGAUGUGAUUUUUUUCCCCUUAAUCUGGGACACAGGGAACUCAGCUUUAUUAAAAAAGAAGGAAGGGGAAAUAAUACUUUGGAAGUUUUCUAGAUAGAAGCCUUUUGUGAAAUUGAGCAUUUGGAAAUACAUUUAAGGCCUAAAUCUGAGGCUUGAAUUCUUUGGGAAUCCUUCCUGGCAAGGCUAGAUGAUCAGAUGAUUACACUGCUUAGUCUGUAGCCAUGCCAAGAAAAACUCAAGUAGCCUUCCUUUGUGUGUGCACUUUGUUAUUGUGAUCACAAAGAAUGUCUGUUAUCAUUUAGUCUCCUGAAUAGAUCGAAACCCUGGUAUUGCUAGGUGGUUGAUUAGGUGCUCAGUCUUUUUCAAAAUAUGGUGAUAUGAUUAUGAAUAUAUAUAGGUGUGACUACUAACCAUCCCUAGUUUCCUCCUCUUGGAAAUCUGCCAAGAAGCCGGUGUGCCAAGAGUAUGUUUAUUAACCUAUUUCCAAGCAGCUAGGGUUUAACUGUUUUUCUGGCAAAGGCAAAUACAUCAGAAAAGAAAGUAAUUUCACAUAGGCACGGGGCUUUGGUUUGUAGCAGUUUAGUUGAUAAUGGGGAAAACUACUUAGUAAAACUGCAAAGUAUUCCUUGAUUGUCCUCAGAAUAUCAGUAACUUUAUAUUUGGCCACUGAGUAAGACAUAAUGGAAAACAAGUCUUAAUAGGACCACCACAAAGUUUGUCCCUUCUUUAUGAAAUAGUUUGGGAUGAGGAAACAGAAAGAGCAGUGGAUUGGGGAGAAUUUCUAGAUGGUACUUUCAGCAGUCGCUACUAUCUUUAUGACCUUAUGCAAAUCACAUAAUAUCCCAAGGAUUGGAUCUGCAAAUUUUCUUCUCCCUUUAAUAUUCUGUGAUUCUGUGGAUAGUCUGGAACUGCUUUAGUGUAGCACAGUUUGCAGAAAUGUUUGGAACUACCUCAGGCUGGUUUUGAUUUUCAGUCUUUUCCCAUCAAGUCAACUCUCCUUAUCACCUUUCUCCACUAAGAACGCAAACAGAUAUCACAAAUGAGUGGCUUCCUGUUCUAUUAUUAUAUGAAAUAGAUGUUUCCGUAUGUAAUGUUUCUGUUUUCUGUCUUCUUUUAUAGGACUUUGUAUUUUUCUAAAGUCAGUGAUGUGAAAAGACCUGACAUGGAUGAUAUUGCUGAUAGAAUGAGGAUGGAUGCUGGAGAAGUAACUUUAGUGAACCACAACUCUGUAUUCAAAGCUCAUCUCCUGCCACAGACAGGUUUACCAGAGGACCAGCUUUCACUUUCUGACCAUCAGAUUUUACCUUCCAGGCAAGGAAAUUUGGACCGAUCGUUUACAUGUUCCACAAGAAGUACAGCUUCUGAUCCAAAUUAUUACUCAGACAGCCCUUCCUCAGAUAGUUUUCUUGGCUCAGGCGACUUAAGAACCUUUGGCCAGAGUGCAAAUGGCCAGUGGAGAAAUUCCACUCCAGCAUCAGGUUCAGCUUUGCAAAAAUCAAGAAACAGCCGGAGUCUUUUCCUCGAAACCCGAAAGACCUCAAGUGGAUUAUCAAACACUUUUAUGGGAAAGUCAAACCAUCACUGCCAUAUGUCUGCGUAUGAAAAAUCUUUUCCUAUUAAGCCUGUCCCAAGUCCAUCUUGGAGUGGUUCAUGUCGUCGAAACCUUUUGAGCCCCAAGAAAACUCAGAGGCGACAUGUUAGCACAGCAGAAGAGACAGUUCAAGAAGAAGAAAGAGAGAUUUACAGACAGCUGCUACAGAUGGUCACAGGGAAACAGUUUUCAGUAGCCAAACCCACUACACAUUUUCCUUUACACCUGUCUCGAUGUCUUAGUUCCAGUAAGAAUACUUUGAAAGACUCACUGUUUAAAAAUGGAAAUUCUUGUGCAGCUCAGAUCAUUGGCUCAGAUACUUCAUCAUCUGGAUCAGCCAGCAUUUUAACUACACAGGAACAACUAUCCCACAGUGUAUAUCCCCUAUCAUCUUAUAUCCCAGAAGUUGUCCCUUCUGGAUCCAAAGAUUCAGAUUCUCUCCAUCAGUCCCACCAUCACCACUCUCUUCCAUAUCAGCCAGAUAACUUACCAGCUUCAAAUACACAAUCUGAAGGAUCAGACUCUGUCAUUUUACUCAAAGUGAAAGAUUCCCAGGCUCCAGCUUCCAGUCCUACUUUUUUCCAGGCAGAGCUGUGGAUCAAAGAAUUAACUAGUGUUUACGAUUCUCGAGCACGGGAGAGAUUGCGUCAGAUUGAAGAGCAGAAAGCAUUGGCAUUACAGCUUCAAAAUCAGAGAUUACAGGAACAUUCAGCACAUGACUCAGUAGAACUGCAUCUUCGAGUACCUCUUGAAAAGGAGAUCCCUGUUACGAUCGCCCAAGAAACAGAAAAGAAGGGUUAUAAAUUAACUGAUAGUAAAGAUGAAUUUCCUGAAAUUACAGAGGAAAUGGAGAAAGAAAUAAAGAAUGUAUUUCGUAAUGGGAAUCAGGAUGAAGUUCUCAGUGAAGCAUUCCGCUUAACCAUUACACGAAAAGAUAUUCAAACUCUAAACCAUCUAAACUGGCUCAAUGAUGAGAUAAUCAAUUUCUACAUGAACAUGCUGAUGGAGCGAAGUAAAGAGAAGGGAUUGCCAAGUGUGCAUGCAUUUAAUACCUUUUUCUUCACUAAGUUAAAAAUGGCUGGAUAUCAGGCAGUGAAACGUUGGACGAAGAAAGUAGAUGUAUUUUCAGUUGACAUUCUUUUGGUGCCCAUUCACCUGGGAGUGCACUGGUGUUUAGCUGUUGUGGACUUUAGAAAGAAGAAUAUUACCUAUUACGACUCUAUGGGUGGGAUAAACAAUGAAGCCUGCAAGAUCCUCUUGCAGUACCUAAAGCAAGAAAGCUUUGACAAGAAAAGAGAAGUGUUUGACACCAAUGGCUGGCAGCUCUUCAGCAAGAAAAGCCAGGAGAUUCCACAGCAGAUGAAUGGUAGUGACUGUGGGAUGUUUGCCUGUAAAUAUGCUGACUGCAUUACCAAAGACAGACCGAUCAACUUCACACAGCAACACAUGCCAUACUUCCGGAAGCGGAUGGUCUGGGAGAUCCUCCACCGAAAGCUCUUGUGAAGACUGUCUCAGCCGCAGACGUUGACCUUGGUGGGGACCAGCUCUUUGUAGUCUACAGCUAGAGACCUUGGAAACAGCUGCUCCCAACCCUCUGUUCUUGUAAAGCCCUUGAUGCUGGACCAGGCCUUGGCGAGUUGCAUUCACAAGCACAUCUGCCUUUCCUUUUGUAUCUCAGAUACUAUUUUUGCAAAGCAACUUUGGUGCUGUGAAAGGGGUGAGGGACAUCCCUAAGCUGAAGAGAAAGACUGUUUUUCACUUCUUCAGUUCUGCCAUCUUGUUUUCAAAGGGCUCCAGCCUCACUCAGUCCCUCCCUAAUAAGGGGACUGAGAGAAGCUUGGAAAGAAUCUUGGUGUCAUAUAAACUCUUGUUAGGCCUUACUGAGAGCCAGGAAAGGACAUGGGGAAAAAGGUAGGGAUAAAAACCACCAGCAUAUACACGCACACAUACAUACACAUGUGAUUUUCAAGAUGUAUAGUCAGGAGUGUGACUGUAAACUGGACUCCGGGGCACAUGCCUAAGUCUCCUCCUCCAGGACUUUUUAUAUGCCCCUAUGUGAAGUCCAUCCACUUCUAUACAAGGCUGUUUUAUUAUCUGUAGCCUUCUCCCAUCCCGAGACAUAGCACUUGGGUCCUGGGUGGGCCCCAAAGUCCUAGGCAGUCCUUCCCUUUAAAACAGGGGUUUGCAUGUGCUAGCAACACAUGAUAUGGGAAAGACCCACCCAGGGAGUGGUUUAGCGGAGCAACAAAGCACCACUUUGACUGCUGCCUGCUUCUGCCCAAGAAGAAAAAGGACCUCAGUCUUAGCAUAAAAUUCAGCAUUGGAUGAAUGCAGGUGUAGUUUGGUCUGUGGCUAGUUAGUUUAAAUAUGUUUCUAACCACAGAGAAUUUAAUAUAUAUAUUUUACAGGGGUAUGCUUUUUCUUUUUUUUCUAAAGGCUGAGUGUAUUCAUCAUUUUAGACUGCAGAUUUAUUUCCAUUUUCCAAAUUUAGCUCCAGCACACACAGAUCCCAGCCCCUAUGUUUAGGGCGUUUGUGGACUUCCUAACAGAGUAUUUUAAGGCCUGGAUGAACUUUGGCUUAGGGGUAAGGUUACAGAGGGAUGUGAGAUUUUCAACUGGAAAACGGGUGGAGUUUGGACUAAUCAACUUGAGAUUAAAAACUGCUAUUUCUUUUGUUCCUUCCAGCAUCUGCUCCCACCCUCUGAGAGCUCCUCAGGCUUAGAUAAUGAAAAUGAUCCAAUGCCAGUGUCAUUUUGUACUUAAGUUCCAAAACAGGAACGUUUUAUACCUUUUUCUGUAUUGUAAUAGGUAGUUUUGUAUGAAAUAUUUUCUCCUCUUCCUUGUACCCCAUCCUUCCCAGCAUUGUGCUUUCUCUCUGGGCUUAUUUGGAAAUUUUACUCUGUUUUAUACCAAGCUCGUUUAGUACAUUUUUCUAUGUUUUACCACAGGUUACAGUUUGAAAAGAAAACUAUUUUUUUUAAAUAUUCCAUUGUUAACUGAAUGUUAAUGUUUCCACUCCAGCAACCAGGUGUCCUACCUUUUUUUCAUAACUGCCUGCCUUUUGGGGGGAAGACCAUCUUUUUGUUUAU